GCUAGUAGGCGGCCUCAGAGCGUGGCAUGAAGGGGCGGGAGGGGGCGGUGACGAGCACUUGGUGGCUCCAAUGAACACCCAGGAGUCCGGGUCGCGCCCAAUCAGUGCCCAGGCGGGGGAGACAGGGUAGGGUGCGCGCGGGCUGCGCGUGUGGCACACAGGGAACGCGCGGGAGCCUUCCUGCUGCCAGCCCUGAGCUGUCUGCCUAGCUGACGUCCGCCCGCCUUGCAUCCCGGCCCCCGGCGCCCGCCGGAGGUCGCUGAGGAGUGAGACAACCUACUGAUCCGCAGCCCGAGCCCAGGAGCGCCCGGUGCAGCGGUCGCUGAGCCGUCCUGGCGUCUGCUGCCAUGACUGACUCUCCUCUCAGAGGAGACUCUUCCUCAGCGGUGGCUGCAGAGAGAGAUGAGCGGCAGCUCCUGGCCGCGGGACCGUAAGACGGGUUCGUGGUCGGCCAGUUAGGGGGACGCUGCGGACGACCGUCUGCGCCCUCCCGGGCUACUUCCUUGGGCCCCGGAGGCUUGUGGCGGGCCCCGCAGUAGGCGGCAUGUUCCCGCGGAGGCUGCUGGUCGCCUGGCUGGCGGGGGCGCGGGGCGGGGGCUUGUUGGCGCUGCUGGCCAAUCAGUGCCGCUUCGUCACGGGCCUGCGCGUGCGGCGCGCGCUGCAGAUCGCACAGCUCUACGGACGCCUCUACUCCGAGAGCUCACGCAGCGUCCUCCUCUCCCGCCUCUGGCGCCGGCUGCACGGCCGCCCUGGCCAUGCCUCUGCCUUGAUGGCGGCGCUCUCCAGCGUCUUCGUGUGGGAUGAGGAGAGGAUCCAGGAGGAGGAGUUGCAGAGAUCCAUUAAUGAGAUGAAGCGGUUGGAAGAAAUGUCAAAUAUGUUUCAGAGCUCUGGGGUCCAGUGCCACACUCCAGAACCAAAAGCCCAAACAGAAGGGAAUGAAGAUUUGGAGGACAAAGAGCAACCUUGGGAAAUGGUGAUGGAUAAGAAACACUUUAAGCUGUGGCGGCGCCCAAUUACAGGCACCCACCUCUACCAGUACCGAGUUUUUGGAACCUAUACAGAUGUGACACCUCGGCAGUUCUUCAAUGUUCAGCUAGACACAGAGUAUAGAAAAAAGUGGGAUGCCCUGGUGAUCAAGCUGGAGGUGAUUGAGAGGGAUGUGGUUAGUGGUUCUGAGGUUCUUCACUGGGUAACCCAUUUUCCUUAUCCAAUGUACUCGCGGGAUUAUGUUUAUGUUCGGCGGUAUAGUGUGGAUCAGGAAAACAACAUGAUGGUGUUGGUGUCGCGUGCUGUGGAGCAUCCGAGUGUGCCAGAGUCUCCAGAAUUUGUCAGGGUCAGAUCAUAUGAAUCCCAAAUGGUUAUCCGUCCACACAGGUCAUUUGAUGAGAAUGGCUUUGACUACUUACUGACAUACAGUGACAAUCCCCAAACAGUGUUUCCCCGCUACUGUGUUAGUUGGAUGGUUUCCAGUGGCAUGCCAGAUUUCCUGGAGAAGCUGCACAUGGCCACUCUGAAAGCCAAGAAUAUGGAGAUUAAAGUAAAGGACUACAUCUCGGCUAAGCCUCUGGAAAUGAGUAGUGAAGCCAAGGCCACCAGCCAGUCCUCUGAGCGAAAGAACGAGGGCAGUUGUGGCCCUGCUCGGAUUGAGUAUGCCUGACAGGCUUUGGGAUAAGAAGGGACAGGCGUUCUGGCCCUGUCUCAGUCAUUUAUCACUGCUACAGAACGGGGACAUGCCACAUGUAUUAGAAGGCAUCUGCUCUAACUUCCAGUGUAAGAAGAUAAUUCAGUAACUGAUGUCCCAUUUUAUUCAGAGCCCUGUGCUCUUACCAGAAGAGAAGAAGGCUACAUUUGUGGGAGUGUUGUCAUAUUCUCAGGCCAACUAUUUUGAAAUUCGGUAUCUCACUGAGCGAAUCUGGAACAAACCUCUCACCUCAGGCCAGAAGGGGAUGACCUCCAUUUGCUUCUCUGAGUAGUUUCCUCUGUUGACAUUCCAAAUCCCAUCAGUUGUGCAGCACUUUGGAUUUCCUUCAGUUCUACAGGUCCACCUGAAAAGUGUAGUUGGCCGGUAAAGUCUCUCAGAUGAGGGGCUACUGGGAGUACUCUUGGUAACAAUCUUGAUGUCAAUGGGUGUGAAUGAUACUUGGCUGUGUUAAGUGCCUUGUCUGCACCUUGCUUUUAUCUCUAGGGACAUGAAGUUGUUAUGAAUUUUUUUUUAAGUAGAGUUGAAGUCUCCUUAUGUUUCCCAGGCUGGUCUUGAACUCCUGCCUUGGACUCCCAAAGUGCUGGAAUUAUAGGUGUCAGCCACCAUGCCUGGCCAGUGACAUGAAAUUUGUACCAAGAAAUUUCCCUCCUUGCUGGCACAAUACCACCCAUUGAUUCACCUUAUCCAAAGCAGUUUCCUUUGAAUCAGCCAGUUCUUCUAUAUUCAUUGGAUCAUUUCCUCCUUCCUAACCAUCCCUAU